AAUACGGAAAUAAAUUUAUUUGUGAUGACAAAACUGAAACCGGAAAUCAAACAUUUAAAGUGAAAGUAGUGUACAAAGGAAAUAAGUUGGCAGCCAAAAAUGAUGAAAACAGGAUUAUUAAACAAAGAGGAGUGCAAGUCUUGCAUGGAAGACUUAUACAGGCGAUCGAAGACUUUAUCAGACACAUGGGAGCUGUCAAAUUUCAACGGUAGUACGUAUAUUGUGAAGAAAAUUGUACAAAUUUGUAGUCUUAAAAAUGACAGUGAAAAAAGUAAAGACCUACAUGGGAUAUGCAACGAAAUGGAAUCAGACGAGACUGACGACUCUCCAGUGUGUGAAAGUAGCAAUAAGCAAGUGCUGACUUUUGAAUACCACGUGCUUUAUAGUGAAAGUUAUUCGGUACCUGUUCUUUAUUUUAAUGUAUAUAAUUCCAAUGGAAGUCUUGUGUCAUUGGCCAAGGUUUGGGAACUAGUUCCGAUGUAUUACCGGGAGAGGUUAGAAGAGGACAAGUGGACCUUCCUGACACAAACGGAACAUCCUUAUUUAGGAAGGCCAUUUUAUCAAUUACAUCCAUGUCACACUGAUAAACUUAUGUCUGCUGUGUCAUCGUUAGAUAAAUCACCCAGAGACGACACAAGCAAUUAUUUGAUUUCGUGGUUAAGUUCUGUUGGACCAGUAGUUCUCCUUAAUAUGCCAUUUGAAUAUGCAUGAGUUGUAAAAUUUUCAUUUAUUUUCUGUGCAGUUCUAAGUAUUAAUGUAGCAGUAUGUAUAUAGAAAUUAAAUAAUUAUCGGAAUUAAAGUGAUGCUUCAAGAUAAUUACUGACAGAUCUUCAAACUUCAACAGACUUAAUUAUUAACACUUAACAAUUUUAUAUAGACCAUACAUCACUAGAAAAAAGGGUUUACAUAUUUUUUCUAGUAAUUAUAUGCACACAAAUUUGUUAUUUGUAACGUUACACAAUUAUACACCAAACAUAUUUGCCCAUAGAUUCAUUUUCAAGCCAGUUGAAAAAUAAAUUUGUUAACGAAAAGUUUACAUAUA